AAUCUAAAACCAAAGAGUUAGAAGAAAAGAUUGAAAAUGAUUUAAAAGAUGUUUACGAUAUGCAAAUCACAGAAGUUAUUAAUUCUAUUGAACCCAAAGCUUUAGAUUCUUUCAAAAUGUAUCAUAAAAGUACACCUCUUAUUGUUGGUCUUCAAGCAAUGGGAACAAAAGAAAAUGGUUAUUCAAUUUUAGUUUCUAUUGCUAAAGAAAAAGAAACAAUGGAAGGAGAUAUUCAAAAAGCGUCGAUGCUUACACAAUGGGAUGCAAUUAAUUUUUUGCUGAAUAAUAAAAUACUCAAAACAAAUAAAGCUUUUGAUUUACCGGCUAAUAAGGCAAUGCAAAGAAAUUGGAUUUCUUUUACUAAAAAAGAUGAUCCCAAUCAACCUUCACACAG